GAUUUUUUUUUUUUUUUUGAUCUCUUCCAGCCGGCAGAUUUCUGUGUUAGAAAUAGCAGGGCGCUGUCCCUACGGAAAUCCCGAUCACCCACCCACCGUACCUCUCGAAAUCCUUAUCCAAACCCUAAUCUUGCUCUUUCUCUCUCUUCUCCGCUCAAUCGUUUUUAAUUUUUAUCCAGUUUUUCUCUCUCAACCACAACUUCGUUGUUGUACAUUAUCCUCAACAUUUCCUGGCACAAACCUAGGUCUUUUCUGUUUUCCCCGGCGGCAAAUUGCUUGUUCUUCCAUCAUGGCGCUGAUUUUGGAUGCCCUGAUUGAGAUACUGAGGAAGCCGACCAUUGGAGACAUGGUUUCGGAGCUAACUCUCUUUGCCGCGCCGCUUUGGCUCGCUGUUUUUGUCGGACUCGUGGUUGGAUGGGUGUGGAGGCCAAGAUGGGCGGCUGGGCUGGUUGGAGAAGGUGAAGGUUGUUCCUGUGUUGAUCAUCCGGUGAAACCUAUGCUGAAUUCUCACGGUUCCCGGUUGAAGCUGGCUCUGCCGAGUUUGGAUUCGUUGAGGGAUCAGAUUCCAAGCCGCCUAACUUUUCUGAAACAUGAGCGAAUGUCUGAGAAGGAAGCGAAGACUGUUGAUUUGAGCUCUCCGCAUCGGGAUAAGAAGGAAUUAGCGGUGACUUCUGACGAUUUGCAGAAACUUUAUGCCCUUGUUGAAACAACAGAUGGUGGACCUGCUUGGAUUCCAAUGAUGGAAAAGAGUUUGCCAACUAUGAGCUAUCAAGCUUGGCGCAGAGACCCUGAGACGGGUCCUCCGCAGUAUCGCAGUAGAUCUGUAUUCGAGGAUGUAACGCCUGAACUUGUGAGGGACUUCUUCUGGGAUGAUGAGUUUAGGAUAAAGAACAAGUGGGAUGACAUGCUUUUGUAUCAGGCGCCAUUGGAGGAAUGCUCUGUUACAGGAACAAUGAUGGUUCAUUGGAUUCGAAAGUUCCCCUUCUUCUGCAGCGAUAGGGAGUACACUAUUGGGCGUAGAAUAUGGGAAGUAGAUGGAGCUUAUUAUUGUGUAACAAAGGGAGUUCCAUUUCCCUCUUUGCCUCGGCAAAACAAGCCAAGACGGGUCGACCUAUAUUACUCCAGCUGGUGCAUUCGUUCCGUUGAAUCACGGCGAGGCGAUAACCAAAAAACUGCAUGUGAGGUGCUUUUGUUCCAUUAUGAAGAUAUGGGCAUCCCGUGGGAAAUUGCAAAGCUCGGCGUUCGACAAGGAAUGUGGGGCUGCGUCAAAAAGAUUGAGCCCGGGCUUCGGGCCUACCAAGCAACAAGGAAAUCCGAUGAACCUCUUUCGCGUUGUGCCGCAGUUGCGCGAAUUAACACCAAGAUUUCAUUCGAACAUAUGAGGUUAUUGGGAAACAUUGAUGAUACAUUGCAAGACAUAGUCGAUGUGGAGGAAGCGAAGGAGAAGCCGUGGCAGAGCAAUUUGCCCAAGUUCUUAUUGGUCGGCGGGGCUGUCGCACUCGCGUGCACGCUCGACCGCGGCCUACUCACGAAGGCAGUCAUAUUCGGUGUUGCAAGGAGAUUUGCAAAGAUAGGGAAGAGAUUGUGAAGUUGAAGAUGGGAUAUCAUGAAUAGAUUUACUGUGUUUUUUCCCUGCUAGCAGUGUUACACUUUGUUGAUAGGGUUUACGGAGCUAACCAUUUACUGCUUGCAGAUGGCUGUUAAUGUGUAUUUGUGUUAGCGAGGCAGAAGUUAUUACUGUUAAUUACAUGUUAAUGAUCUAAAUUUUUGUUAAAUUUCUUCAUACAAAAGACAUUCAGAAGUUAAUACAAGUUUUGAAUCACUUUUUCUC